AUGAUUCGGGCGAUAACAGAUUGGACAGAUAAAGGUCGUAAGACUUGCAUCCGGGUGAUGUUUUGCGGUUAUCCUUCUCUUUUAACGCCCUUCCAACGCCUGUUUCCACAAGAUGAGCCCAUCUACCUCCGCGACUGGCUUGACAUCCCUCCAUCGAGGUACAAACUCCAAAGAUGCAAAUGCAAUCCGCCGCACCCAACGAGCUCCUACUAGCUGUAUGCAGUGUACCAAACGCAAGAUACGGUGUUCAAGGACAGUACCAUGUACCCAAUGUGUGGGACGAGCAGAAGGGCAUCGCUGUCGCAGAGAACUUGUUUUAGUCAAGGGGAAAGAGCUGCGGGGAGGGCAAGACGAGGUAAAAGAAGAUAGCCCUAUAUCGGUGGAGCAAUUACUAGCGGAAAAUCGUGAGCUCCGUCGGCAGUUGGCGGAACAGAAGUAUCGACAGUCUGGCGACACAUUGGCAAGUACAGGGUAUGAUCGGUCUAUAGCUCGGACAUUUGUCUCCAGUCAUGAAGUCGAAGGUGAAUCGGGGGACACCAUAAAUGAUCUAGAGAAGAUGGCGGCAGUGAUGCUGUUGCUGGAAAUAGGGAGAAGCCGGGAAGGGAAUGCCGAUACAUUUGAAUUUGCCAAGCUACAACAGUCUCAGCCUUGGUCUUUCCCUCGUCUGUUUGUCACUCCGUCACUCCCUACUCUUCCGUCAACCUUCCUUAGCACUCGCCUUGUCACUUUCGCGGUCGAAGCUCUCGGCUUCCUUCAUGGGACUAUACAUGGCCCGUCUUUCCUUCAAAAACACAGGAGGUUUAUAGAAGAAAAGGAUAGUCAAGGGAUUUUAUUUAUGGGUACAGCAUGGUUGAGUUUCUAUUUCAGCCAACUAACACUAGCGCUUCAUCAUCUGCCCCCCUUAACGACUGACGCUUGGGGCAUCUGUGACCCCAAAUCACUGGCACAACUUUGGUUCAAUACAUCACUUCAACUGUUAUGGUCCUCCGAUUUCAUGGUAUCCCCGGAUAUUAUGUCCCUCCAUACAAUCUGCGCCCUGUCAUGCGUGUUCUACGCCUAUGGUCCCCCGGUUUUUGGAAGCAUUUUAACCGCCGCUGGUGUACGUCUUGCCCAGACAUUGCAGAUUAAUCAAAUCCACGAUGAAACCUUGUGUAAAUCAGCUGAAAAAAUGGACCCUUGCCGCAUACAUGGUGUAACUACCACUCAUAUUGCUGGAGGUCCGGAUAUGCUUGAUAGAGAGAUUCGGAGAAGAUUAUGGUGGUUCCUUUUGUAUCGCGAUUGGCUUUCAUUACCUGCCGGAUUCCCUUAUAUUGUAGCAGCGGAAUCGCUACAAUCUCCUGAUCCACUCAACCUAUCAGAUCACCAUCUCGUAUCCCACGGUCCAGUCGUGGUGCCCCCCGUUUGUUUACCAACAACAGCUUCUUUUCAUCUGGCCAGAACGCGCAUCGCACGAUUAACGCAUCAGUUCUUCAUUGCCUACCGUUCACUUGAGAGGCACGACCCGAAACGGUAUGACGUGGUUCGAAGCACCGAUGCUAGUUUUGCAAGUCUUUUUGAGGAUAUGCCUUUCUUCAAUCCUGGCGGUGACGGGCAAAAUUCAUCUUCCCCUGAAGUUGCUUCUUGGUUACCGUUUGCACGUCAUUUGGUAUUAAGCUUGGUUGCGCAUAAGAGACUUCUCCUCUUCAGGGAUCAUUUUGCCAUGGCAUUUAGCAACUCGACCUACUGUGAGGCGAGGGAUAUGUGUGUGGCCAGAGCUUUAGAGAUCCUCGAUAUCCGGCGAGCCUAUCCCCAACCUUCUUACCUCAUCCCGGAGAUGUCAUCCCACUGGGCCGCAGCAGCCAAUGUACUAGCUUUAGACUUAGUUUACACACCGUCUUCCAGACAAUGGAGCCCAGAGAACAGGGCACUUCGCAUCGCCGAUGUGGGGGAGCUACUUUCAGUCCUCAAGGUAAACGAGUCAUGCGAUAGCCAUACGUCAAAGAUUGUCACUCAGGUAGAGACAUUGUUCGCCCUUGACCAAUGUUUGAGAGAAGGGAGUUAUGAUGAAAAUGCAUCGGCUUUACUUGUCAGCCAGUCGGUGAUUUUGCCUCCUGAGGAGGAGCAGGAAAUAUUCCCCCAGUUCUUGGCUGAUGAUAUCUCGUUUGCAAACAUAUUUAACGAGUUGAGACAUGACUUGGAGAAUGAAGCCGAAACUAACGGUCUAUGGUGAUAUACCACCUUCAAAAGCAAGUUGAUCCCUAGUACGGUUUGACACCUGCGAGCUUAAGCCUAGCAUAACACUUCAGUCUCGACUGUCUGUGACGAAUUGUCCCCGUGCAUGGGUCACUCACAAUUUGUCGGUCUGCUCGGGAAUGUACACGGCCAUCAUCUUCCGUUCUUUGAAGAGCUGCUGCUUGAUGUUCAGUUGCUCAGGAAUACAGGUAGUCGCAGGAGCGUAACAAGUGUCUGAAAAGGAAGAUUUUACUCAGCGGAACCCAUAAUGAGUCAGCUUGAAAAAAGGCCACUCACAAACAGCACAUCUGUCCACUUCGCCGAGCGGUGGUUUGAUCCAUUCGCAUCCGUUUUCGUAGAACCAUUCGAGGAUGGACUCAGUAAAACCGAACUGCAAAGGAAGUUGGCAAAGAGUAGGCACAUAGUAUAAGGAACCCCAUAGGUUGAAAAAGAUGAUCACCCACAAAGUCAGACUCUUGAAUGUCUUUGGGGAGUCGGAAACCGUCCGUACCAUUCCAGACUUUGGUGAAAUACUCGUCAUUAAGCUUGUGGCUGUUCUUCAAAACCCUCAAGCCGCCAUCCUUGGGUCCCUGUCCAGAUAGCAUUAGCAGACAUGUCCUUGUAAAAUAGGAUAUAACUCAAGUACGUUGUAGUUGAGGUUGACGAGGCCUUGAACGCAGACGCAACCCCUCUUCUCUGGAUCCUGGUCAACGUGCCACCUGCGAAGUUAUUUAGUUCAAAAUUGCUAAGAGACGACGAAAGGAAUUGCUGACUGACCAAGCAGGUUGAUUUGGGUCUUGCAUAUUACCCGGCAAAGAGAGAUUGGCGCCAUCAAAGCUAACCAAGAGCUCAUCCGUUCCCCAAAGCUUGGCAAAUGCGUCCAGAACACCUUGUUCUUGUCGAACUUCCCAGACGAAUGCUUCAUGACCUAUGGAAUGAUGAAACUAGAGCGGAGUUGAAAACUUUUAUUAGCCAUCGACAAGAGCAAGUCGUUGAGUCAAACUCACCAUACCACCCUUCCUUACAACAGGGACCUUCUCGGGUAUCCAAGUUGAUCUAUUCUUCUGGUCAAAGCCCAUUCCCCAUUUCUCAAUCCAGUCAAAGAAACUCUGUCGGUAUCCCAAAGCCUUCUCCUUGGGUACCGCUCCUUUGAGGACGACGAAGCCAUCUCGAGCGAGAUCGUCUCUCCAGUCUCCAAAGUGCUGGUUGAGAUUGAUGGUGAGCGGAACCGCAGCCGCAGACUGACUGUCGGACUUCAGAUUUAGAGAUCCGACAUUGUCACCUUGAAGCUUAAGAGUUGGCUGGGUCUGAGUGAUGGAAGUCAUGUUUAGUGCGCUCUGUGUGGUAGAGGGGCUUAUCAACAAUGGCGAGAGAUUAUGAAGGAAUUGUUCAUAUAUACGUUCUUGACGACGGCUGACCUAACGGAGCGGUUUUCCUGAAGGCCAUGUGAUCGACCGGGGGAUUGCGUUGCUCCGAAAUGGAAUAUGAGAUGGAAGAUAAGGAGGAAAGCGAGAGAAUAGAUUUUGGUCAUGCUGAGGACGAGAUAAGCCAGCCGGACGAGCUGGCGGGUGAGUUGUGAGCCAUCGGGAAUCAGUACGUCGGGAAUUAGUCACAUGUAGUAUGUGCCUGA